AUGGAAGGAUAUAGCUACCCGUACGCCUCACCCUUUUCCCCUCCAGCACCCGACAGACACUUUCCCGACCAUGGGGACUGCUUGGGAGAUUAUUAUGAACUGGGAUCGAUUCCAGAAGAUAAAAAUAAUAGAAGAAAAAGCCGACCGAAACAAAUGAAGACAAAAAGGGAACGCGGGGCGAACAGAUCAAGAUCUAAGAGCAGAACGUCACUAUCUGACCGUUCUCAUGUCGGGUCAGUCUCCAGGUCAGCAUCAGGAUCGCGGUCGCAAACUCGAUCGCCAUCGCGUAGUCGCCGAUCGGGAAGUAUUCGGGACUUGACUGUACGCGAACCGAGCUUUCUCGACGCUUUUCGCGUUAUGUAUUUGACACCCAGUAAGCACAAGAAAAGUACUACCAAGUAUCUAGCUACAAAAAAACGACUUGAUAGAAUCCAAGAGAUACUGAAAAGUGACGGGCUCGGUUCGAAGCGGUGGUUACUCUACCCCAGGCCACAGCGUGACCACAAAGUCCCAGACAACACCAAAGUCCCCGCAACGAUGGUGCCGCGAGAUUGUGACCAUAGAGUAAAAAUCGACGGUCACUUCUUCCGGAAAUACAAGCGAAGCAAACACGUCGAUAAAGACGCACCGAUUGCUAAACUCAAACGCUGGGAACUGAUGUUUUAUAAGAAGCUAGGUUUUAUUCAGCCUUUAUAG